UCUACAGAUUUGACAAAUUUCUGGCAUGCAUUUUAUUAGCCGUGCAAAGCAUUAACAACUGUCUGAUAAGAAUUCCAAAUUAUCAGUGAAAACCUAAACGUAACAUGUCCGCCCACGACCUGACUGAAGAACAGGAACGCCAGUUCCGACAAAUGUUCGAAAAGUUCGACAAGGACGGCAAUGGUUCGAUCACAACCUCGGAGCUGGGGCUGAUCACACGGGCACUGGGGAUGAACCCAUCCCAGGCGGAAAUCGAGCAAAUGAUCCACGAGGUCGAUAUGGACGGCAGUGGGACGAUUGAACUGAACGAGUUCCUGCUGCUGAUGGCACGCAAGCUCCGGCAGGAAUCUUCUGAGGAUGAGCUGCGACAGGCGUUUAAAAUAUUCGACAAAAACGGUGAUGGAUUUUUGACGGUGGACGAACUGUCAGCGGUGAUGCAAAACUUUGGCGAGCGACUGUCCGACGACGAGCUGGCGGAUCUGCUGGAAGAAGCCGAUGUGGAUGGUGACGGGAAGAUCAAUUACGAAGAGUUUGUGGUUAUGUUGAUGAAGUGAACGGCGUGGCAGGUUGGGGAACUUUCUCAAUAGCUUUCGCAAUGAAAAUCUCUGCGCUGAAUUAUCGAUUUUAUUAUUAAAAUAAAAAUAUAAAAAUAUAU